AUGGCCGCUACGACGGCGACAUACUCGGGCGCAAUGCCGUCGCAGCCAUAUCCGCAAAUGCCCGCCUCCCCGACCCUCACGAACCCGGACAUGAUCCUUCCCGACUACGACCGGCCGCCGUCAAUGGACCUUGAUAGUCAAGAUCUCGACCGCUCGCAGUCGCCCCUCAUGAUGUGGAAGAAUGCGCAGGCUUCAACUUCGAGCGUCGAUUUGACGCAUCAGAUGUAUGCCGGCUCCAACGCAACACUCGAUGCCGCCUUUGGCAACAGCGGCCCCAUCAGCCCCAUCACCCCGACGACACCCAUAAUAUACGGAAAUGGCACAAUGCUGUCCGACAUUGGCGAGGUCACCGAGGUGGAGAGCACCCCAGGAAAACCGUGGACCUCGCGACCUCGGGGAGCCUCGAGCGGCGCCGACAGCGUCAUGGACCCUGUAGACAAUGCUCUACGCUCAUCGCCCACGAUGGGUCUCGACGGCGUCAAAAAACUUGUCCGCAGGCCAAACGACCGUCAGAGAUCAGGCUCGAUGGAAAGCACCAGCACCAUCACCACACAGGACAGGGCCAACAUCUUUGCCGACUUUGACGACUCGGCCAGUGUGGGAGACGACAGUGUGUUCUUGGGCGAUGACGAGGAGAGCGUUGCAGACUCAUACAGACCGGACGAGCCAGCAAAGGCCCCAGUCCCCAGACCGCCGCAACCCGAUGGUCGUAUAGCCCCGGCUGCUGCCGCUGCUGCCGCCGCGGCAGAACGGAGGGCUGCAAACGUUGGCAAGGAUACGGAAAACAUCCAGGCGUCCCUAAGCCAGCGCGCGGAGCUGAUUCUUGCCAAUGCGAAACGGAGACUGACGACAAUGGAGGGCAACCUGAACCGAGCCCGCAACACUCUGCAUUCACACUCGCCCUCGCUGUCAUCACUGGGCUCAGAGUGCUCAACCCCUUCACCCACCCGUGCUUUUGUCGUAUCCCCUGGACAUAGCAGGAUGGGCAGCGAUAAUACUUUUCGAAUUGGUCUGCCGGUAAAGGUUUAUCCUCAGAGGUCGGCAAGCGCAAUGGGGGCUGCUGGUGGCUAUAGGCAGCCGCUUACAACCUCGCGAAGUGUCGACAACAUUCGCCACAGCGCGCAUGAUGGCCCCAGGUCAGACCACAAGCUGUCGCCAGGUCUGCGCGAUGCUAAAAUGGCGCCGCUGAGCGAAAAUCAAGAUGACGUGGAGGGCUCUGUCAUGGGCGAUGCUCGCCGAGUUACACAACCGUCUAGGAACUUUUUGAGCCCGACGUUUGGCUACCCUGACGAAGAAAGGGUCAUAACAAGGUCAGCUUCGGUUAACCAGAUGCGCGAUCUGAAGGACCAGGUGCAGGAUCUCAAAGGAAAGAUUUCCAGUCUGCGAGACCAGGCGCGGGUUGACAGUAUACGGAGGAGAAGUUUCCAAAGCCUGCGCACCCCCAGCCCUUUCACAAACGCACGCGUCGAUCAAUGGUUUGAUGGAACCAACGAGGCCAAGACUGGCUUCACCUCUGCUGGACAGUUGGAUGAUGAAUCUACGACGGAGCGGAGCUUGUGGACCGGAGAAGUAGAAAUCCCAAUUGUCCGCACGGAUCAAAAUUCAGAUGGAAUCAACAGCGCGGGCAUAGUAGAGGACUCGGCGAUCAAGAUCCAGGUUGCGGACGCAAGUGAAGAUCUUUCCACAGAUGAGAAUUUCGACACAGCAGAGGGAGAUCUCCAAGGGGAUGAUGACAUUAGCGAUAUGGUGACGGAGGAUGGCAACUAUGAUGACGAGAAUCCCGAUUAUACAAGCGAAAGCGGCGAGUCCUCAUACCACGAUACAUUUCAACAUCCGCUUUCCCACGAGGACAGAGAGGACGCCUUUGAUUACGAGCACUUCAUAUUGCACAGUGCUCUGGGGACUAUCAGCCAACAACGUCUGGCCCGAAGGGAAAGAGGAAGCUUCAGUUCUGAGGAGUCGGUCGAGACCCAGCGAGGCCCGGUGACGGAUUCAGAGCCGGUGAUGGCGAGAGUAGGUGGUAUGGGACUGCGCAGGAGUGCCAGCCAUUUGUCUAUAGGAACAAGUGCAUCGAAGGACUCAUUCGACUCGUUCGCCACAGCAGAUGAGGGUCGCGCUAGCCGGGAAGGUGGACGCAGGACAGUCGAAGGCAACAGGUCCCGGGCUCAAACACGAACACAGCACCGUGACGAUACCGGGGUUGCAGCGACCCCAACGAUAGCUGAGGAAUCCGACGCGUACUCUGGCUUCGUUACUCCCGUCGACGAAGGGGAUGUCGAUAACGAAAGCAGCAACGAGGGAAGUAGCCAGGGUCGUAAUGAGUAUGGGGCGAUAUAUUCGCCGCCGGUCGCUACCGUUGCGCGUCGACCUGCUAGCAGCGCAGCAACGCACAAGGCCAAUCGACCGUCGGUGUCGUCGCUCGACUCCACCGGCACGAUGAGAAGCUUCCCACUUGUAUCGCGCAAGAAGGCCACAAGUUUGACCAGCAUUCCGAAUACGGAAAACCUGCGCAACAUUUCGAACCAUCUUAUGAAUGACGCUGCUGCCAUCUACGAACAGCGGUCCGGCAGCAGCUUCAGCGGCCGGUCGAGCCCUGUUAAGAAGUCUAGCGCACUAGUUGAGCCGAACACUCCGCUUGCGCUGCAACAGCUCUUACGCGAAGAUCAGUUCCUCGUCGAGAGACUGGUUGCCAGCAUCGGCAAGUGCGUCUUGGGCCUCACGGAGAACGGCAGAUCCAGUGCCGAGAGCCGGAUGCAUCGGAGACGGCUGGACGCGGCGCGCAGGAUUCUCGAAGGCAUUGAUACUGUAUAG